UAUAACCACGUGAUCAGUAGUGCACCACAUUCACUUGCAAGUAACAUAGUAAGGCUUAAAUUGUGAAUUUGACAGUAUCGAGGGAAGAAGUCGUUCUGUGGUAGUGUUAGUGCGAUGGGUACUAUUACAAAGUAUUUUUAAGUGGAAACAUUUUUUCCAUUUAUUUUAUAUUAUGCUUAAUAGAUAUUGCUAUUAUAUUCGAAUGCGUAAGAAUAUUUUCCCAAGUACACUAAUUUAAAUUUUAUUGUUAGUGAUACUGAUAAUGUCAAAUCAAACACCACAAAGACUUCGUAGGACUGGUUCUCCAUGUGUAUCUCUUAGUCUAAAGCAUGGACCUCUGACAGCAACUGUGCCUGUAUCAUUUAUGCGACAUAGUAUUAUUAUUAGUACUACUACUGAUAGUCCAAUAAAGUCGUCAAACAUAAAUGCUACAUAUACUAGUCCCUCACAUUCACCAACUUCCAAUAAAACCACUGAUGGAUUAAAAUUUCAGGCUGGACAUUCGUCUGGUUGUAGGUUUGGUUUUUCGGUAGAUCGACGCAGUCCUGGAUCGCCAGGUUACAAAGUUCAAAGACGCAAUUUUGCUCUCGAGGCUGACUGCACCCAACUGGACGUGAGAGCAGAGAAGUCCAAGACGCUGAAUAUCAAAUCCAUCAGUGCUGCCCCCUACAUUCGACGGACUGCCUCAUUGGAUACCAUCUACCUGGCUGGACAGUGGCCGCGUGACUGUUACUACCACAGCUACUAUGUCCGGCAUAUGAUGGAUAGAGCCACACAGACAGAUGACUGGGAAGAAUUUGAUAGGAAGAAAGGAUCACAGAGAAAGUCUUCUGGAAAUGGUGGUGAUCAAUUAGAAAUGAAGUAUAUUCGUCAGAGGCUUCAACGGACCAAUAAGAGCAAUCAUGGCCCAGGAGGCUACAGCUCAUAUCAGAGGCUCAGUCCUUUCCAAGGGGACCAUUCUGCCAUAUCACAGUCUACCCCUACUGGCAGCAAUAAUGGUUCCAUACCGUCCACAGCAACAACAACCACUAGCACUUCAUUUUAUCAACAUUUAUAUAAUGUACCCACACAUAGUGGGUUAACAGGAACAGUUAGCAGGUCUCGCACUGGUCCCAUUCCAAUCCCUCACAUUCCAAAGGCCUCCAUCCCCCGUAUCCGCAGCAGUGUGGAAGGUUUAAAUCAGGAGAUAGAAAGACUAGUUCUCAAAGGAAUCUCAGGGAAUGAUGUUGGGGAUGUAGAGCUUGAGAGGGAUGUAGAACCUCCUCCAGAUGGACACCGAGCCCCCAUUGCUGACCUCUUUAGGUCCACCACAGCCAUAUCCACACGAAAUGUGAACACACAAACUCCCUCUGGUAGAGGAGAGAGUUGCCCUAGUAGUGGUGCAACUAGCCGCAGUCAGUCAGUUUCACCGAUUGUUUCAUUUCUAGGCCAAAUGGACAGCUCUCAGCCUGCCAGUAGAGAAGGAAGUAAAAGUGCCUCACCUGAUCUAGACUGUAGCUUUAAAUUUGGCACAAGCCCUCGUAUUAAUAGGUUUUUGGCCAGAGAGCCUCCAGAUGGGUGUGAAAAAGUGAAAAUUUUAGAAGAACGAAGGAAUACCUCAACUCUCAUGGAACCCCAAGGGUAUGGACCCUUUAAGCCUAGUGAGAAAUUUGUGCUGCUACCGAGCCAAAGUUCUGCAUUUUACCCAUUGUACAAGAGUUAUGUUUCUCCAUCGACUUCAGAUAGUGCUCUACAGCAGCUGACCUCUUCUCCUCACUCCCUAGCUGAAGAGAAGCUGCAGUGACCUAGCUGAAGGGGUGUUCCCUUUAAUCACCCCUCUCACCUUAAUGCUGUUUAAUUUUUUUCCUUCUGGUGAAGACUUGUAAUCACGUUUUUGGUAGGCUUGUGUGAAGCCUUAAUAUAAACAACACAUACCACGUGAUUGAUGUGUAGUCACUCUUGGGUGUCAUUCUCUUCACCCAGCCACCACCAGUUCUUCCUUUGUAGUCUUCUGCAACUACAAACAAAGGUCGUGAUAUGUGACAAGUCCUUUUACAUUUCUAUAAGGCUUAUCACUGUGCACCUGUUUUUACAGUGACCACAUCCUAUUCAACUUGUGACUGUGAUGUUUGCACAACCAAAUAAUAUUUACUGGUAUCUCCAAAGAGAGAGAGAAUAUAGCAGGUACAAAUUUGAAGGGCUUUUCUUCUCAUUUUAUUUGUUAGUCUGCAAGUUUUAGUAACCAAUUAAACGAAAUUUAUAUUAUUAAUAAGGACUUCAGAGUGAAAGUAAAGGAGGGUAUAUAAUAAUAUGUCAACCACUUUAUCUGCUAUAUAUAUUAAUGGUGGAGUAUCCAGGCAUAUUGUAUUCUGUAUGUAAAUGUCAAAGACAGUAAUCAUGUUUUAUUACACAUUGUGCUACUACAUAAAGAUGUAGAGAAAAAUAACUCAAAUAAUAAACAAAUGUAGACAGAGCAUAUUAACCUAGCAUAUGGUUAGAAAAUAUUGAUGUGUUUUGUUUUAUAUUGUUUUCUUCUUUCAGAAUUCUUAACCAGUUUCAUCUUUUCAAAUAAUUACAUAGGUAAGAAGUGUAUUUAGUUUGAUCAAAAAUGUUUUUGUUUGAAUUAGUUAAGUGAUAGUCAUUAUUAUUUCAUGUAUUUUGGAAACAUUCAAAUCAUGAAAGUUUUCUUUUGUAUAACCUGUAUUUUUGUUUUUCAUUUAACAAUUCUUUUUAGAGUAGAUACAGAUGGAAUCUGUGGAAAUCUUUGAAAUUUUCUGCAUGAAUGGUUUGUAUUUUCUGCAGAAAUCUGUGGAAAAGUCAGUUCAUUUAAAAACAACAACAAAGCAGUUUAGGCUAUUAGCCUGUUACUUUGCCCUACCUACGUUAUGUGGACCAUGCAGUACAAGUUGAGACACGGUCUCUAACGAGAUUCAUUUUUCAUUCUUAAUUCAUAAAAAUAUAUGAUUUAUAACACUCCAAAACUACUUAAACUUUAUCAUCAUAAAAAAUUCUAGAUUGGCUUUGAUUAAGUUUGUGCAUUUGUCCUUCAAUAUAUCUUUGUAAAUGGAAAAGAAUCUCUCAACAUCAAUACUGGAUAUAAAACAUUUCCUAGGUCACUGGAGUCUGAUAUAGUAUAUAUGGUUCUUGUGCAUUUCAGUUGGGCUGGUAAAGCUAUAAUGUCAGAUUAUAUAUAUUUGUACCACUCCAUUGCCUGCACUAUUUUUUGUUAGCAGAUAAUGUUGCCAAAAUUUUUGGAUUGAAAGUUUGAACUGCUUUGAAGAACUUCAUGGAAAGAUGCUUUUACAUGAGUACAGAUCACUUUUCUCUUAUCACUGUUGAUACAUUUAUAUUUUGAAGCUUAUUUUAGUUGAAAGUGAUUCAGAAACACAACAUGAAGUUAUCCUCCUGAGAAGUGAACGUGAACAUAAAGUUCAUUUCCAUUAUCACAUCUUGUUAAUUGUAGAUUUAUUUAUAAUGUUAUGUGGUAGUGUACAUUUCAAUGAUGUAAGAAGUCUGAUGAGUUUCUUGAAGAUAAGUGUUUCUGAACAAAGAUUCCAUGAGCUUUACUUAUAACAAACUUCUUGUCAAACUGAUUUGCUGAUUAUGGCUAUUUCAUUAACUGAAAUACCAGUAAGUUUAUGUUUCUAACCAAAUAAAUAAUGGAGUUAAUCCAAGACAACAAAUAUGUUUGCACUGAGUGUACAGGCAGAUGUGGAGUGACAUCUUUUGUCUCCAGUUAGGACAGGAACAACCUUCUUUGGACAGAAUACCUCCUACCAGAAAGCAUGGCCAUGUAAGAAUCAGGUUUAACAUAUGGGCCAUGCAAGUAACAUGCAUAGCCUUUGGAAACAAACCUUACUAAACACUCAAUAAGGCUUUUGUCAUGUAACUUGCUGUGUCGUAUAUUACAACAUAUACAUUGUGAAAGGAAAGGUUAAUUUCAACUAGUUUCUUUUUUGUUUGUAUCAGAAUUUCUUAAUUUUUGUAAAAGUUACGAGUCUACAAAAAUGUUGAAAGUUAGGCUUGCCAGCUUGAAAUCAUUUUAUAAGUUAAAACAAACACAUUUGAAAAAUUGUAUGCAUUAAUUAUAAAAUUGAGUUUUCUUUCUACUAACUUGCAUAAUACUUACCAACCUAACUUGGGAAAAAACUAUCAUAAACUUGAGUGCUCUUACAUGGGAAUGAUGGGAACUUUUGUGCAGAAAGUUACCAGGCAUAGACCUGGGUGAUGAGUAAAAUUUGCUAAUAAAUUAAAUAUUCAGGCUUAGUACUUGAUUACAUUCAACUAAUUGA